GUAAAUAUUAGUAACCUGUGCCUUUUAAUAAUUUUAAAAAAGAUCACUAAAUUCAAUGCUCAAAUGGUAAGCUAUAGCAUUGUAUUAGUCAUGCACACAUAGCCAGACUCCCCUUUUUGACAUUUGGACACAAUCCAAUUAGUCAUAUAUCAAAAAGGGGAGGAAUAUGGCUAUGCAAGCCUAGUUAGCUACAAUACAAUCAGUCACAGCAAAAUACACUUACAUCAUGAUCAUCAUAUUUUAAUGCAGUAGGAGGAGUUGCUCCUUCAGUUGAUGAUAGUGUCUCUACUGAGGAUAUAACUGCUAAUGGUUGCGUUGUAUUCUGCCAUGGAGUCGGACUCCAUGUUUCUUGUGCGAGAGAAGGUGGAAAUGAGCUCUUUCCUUCUUUCUUUUUAAGUGUCGAUUUUGGUUGUCCUUUUACUCGUUUGUGAACAUAAUGAGCAGCUCCACCUAAUCGGCUUACUCUCUUCUGCAUCUGAUUAUCCUUUUCCCCGCCCCCACCUUUUUGUUUAGAACCAUCAGUGGGUCCAGUCCCUUCCUCUCCAUCUAUCCCUUUUGACUCUUUGGACCUCUUUCUCUCUGCCAUUGAUAAAAGUUCUUCGGUUUCGAUUGAUGUCUUCAAGUAUAAUCUCGAGUAUAGUAGAGGACAAAAAUGAUCAAGAUGCCACGCCUAUGCUUACACCCACAUGCCAACACCUCUUCACCACGUGGUCAAAAAUGAAGAGAAAGAGAAAGUCUGAAGAUGUCCAUGAGGUGAAACACCUCAAAGAUGCUAAUGGUGAGUCUGUAAAGAGUAAAGGAGAAGAAGAAGAUGAAGGACCUCCUCCAGAGAGUGACUUUAAGAAGUAUCGUAUCAGUAAAGUAUCCAGGAAGACCCUUAAGUCACGUGGUAUAACUCACCUCUUCCCUAUACAAUACAAGACUUUUGAUCCUAUUUAUGACAAGAAGGAUGUAAUGGGACAAGCUCGUAAGAUACCGUAUAGACCAGUUGGCGCUAAGUAUAGUCCAGUUGGUGCUAA